GAAAUAGCAAUACAAUAACUGGUACCUCACCUGUGACGACAACCCCAGCUAGUGGAAAUAAUGAUACAGUAAAUGGUACCUCACUUGUGACGACGACAGACCCAACUACAGGAAAUAAUGAUACAAUAACUGGCACCUCACCUAUGGUGACAAGCCCAACUACAGGAACGAACACAGUAUCAUCUUCAGUAACAACUACAGCGGGGGACUUCUGCAACCCAGACCCUUGUGGAAAAAAAUUGGCUGAAUGUGUUGCUUUAAAUACUACUUUUACCUGCCAGUGCCAAUAUGGAUUCUACUUUAGCAAUGACGAUUGUUACAGAGGGCAAAUAUACCCAGGGGUCGUUACACUGAAAGGAUUUUACUUUAAUAGUGUUCCAGCUGUAACUUCCAUGGAGUAUCAAGAUCUGUUCCAAAAACUAAACCAAUUUUUUGAGGAUGCCUUCAGAGACUUAGAAGGCUUUAAACAGACUGUCAUCGUGGCAAUUGAACUUCUACAAGAAGACAGAUCUUCUUCUUCAGUGAGGGUAACAGUGACAAACUUGUUUACGGAGAACUCAACUGUAGACAAUGAGACAGUUAUUGCUGCAAUAGAUAAUGCAACAAACAGUUCGUCCUAUGUCUUUGAGUACAGAGCUACAACCUAUUGUGCUGCUUUUAAUUGUGAUGCUCAAACCACAGACUGCCAAGAAAGUAUGUUUCCAAAAUGCAUAUGCAAAAGUGAUUUCUCAAAGACAGAAUGGGAUGAUCGUUCUUGUUCAGAUUGCAGUAAAGACUGUUCUGCAGAAGAAAACGAGUACUGUGCAAAAGAAAAUGGGGCUCCAAUAUGCAAAUGCAAGCCUAACUUUGAAAAGAAGAAUGAAAAAUGUGUGCCCUGUCCAGUGGGCUACUCUGGGGAGAACUGCAACAAUGACAGGGAACUCAUCCUUAUAAUAGUGGGUACAGUGUUUGGAGCCAUCAUCCUGAGUUUAGUGAUAGCAGUCUCUAUUGUUUCAGUAAGAGCCAAACACAAACAAGAUCCAGAGAAGAAGCACCUGAUAAAGUCAGGCUAUUCCAACCCAAAUACCUCUGAUGAUAGACAGACGAUGAUAUUCCCCAGAGUCCAGACCACUUCUGGCCAUGCAAACCCAGGAUAUCAGCCAAACAAUCCAUACGAGAUGCAUUCUGCAAAUAGAGGUCAUUUUCCGGAGAGAGAUUAUGAUGAUUUGUACGAAAUAUCACGGGAGCCUGAGGGCUUUAGGAUGCAGCGCAGAUACUAA